CCAUGGGGUGAACAGAUCAGAGAGAUGACGUGGGCAUGCGGCCGUUGGUAAGCAGAGCAGAGGCUGCCCACAGCUCAGAGGCUUCUACUUCUCGCUCUUCCUGCAGACAGCAGCAACACGACCGCCAAGGAGCAGCAGCAGCUUCACAGAAUCAAGCAGAGAAACAGAGGGACCUCAUGCCACCGAGAAAGAAGCACUGGGAGUGGAGUGUGUCCUUUGGACCCCAGCGUCCCUGUGCUCAGAGGCUUCUAGACCAGGAACUCAGCUACCCAACCAGCUUUGGAAGGUUGCAGCGUGGAGUGGCACUGGACUUGGAGUCUGAACUUUUUGAGUCCCAGUUGCCCACUGGCCUGCUGGAGAACAUCAAGCAAACUCCUUCUCUUGCAUGACAUUCAGUUUCCCCGUGGUUACUUGGACAUAUCUUGAAAGUCAGGAACUCAGCUACACAACCAUCUUUGGGAGUUUGCGGCGUGGAGUGGGGAGAGCACUGGACUUGGAGUCUGAACCUUUUGAGUCCCAGUUGCCCACUGGCCUGCUGGAGAACACCAAGCAAACUCCUUCUCUUGGGUGGCAUUCAGUUUCCUUCCAGUCACUUGGACCUAUCUGGGAAGUCAGGCGGGAGCCAGUUCUUGGCGGACAUCUGAGUACAGGGGAUGGAUCACUGUGCAGCCCUUCUCCUUUACCUCUGCCUUGUGACUUUCCAGAGCGGGACAGCAGAGGCUUCAUGGAAACUCCGGAGCUUGUUGGAGGAAAUGGAGAUGGUGGCCAACCCCAAAGGACUCAACUCCAAGGGACGGAGCGUACCUCCUGCUCGGAAGGUCAGACUCUGACCUGUGUCUUCUGGAAGAAGGGAGCCGGUAAGCACCACUGGGGGGCCUGGAGCUCCGAGGGCUGCCGCACAGAACAGCCUUCACCUGCCCAGGUGCUCUGCCGCUGCAAUCACCUCAGCUACUUUGCAGUUCUCAUGCAACUCUCCCCAGCCCCGAUCCCUGCAGAGUUGCUGCCACCUCUCACGUACAUCUCCCUCGUGGGCUGCAGCAUCUCCAUAGUGGCCUCGCUGCUCACCAUCCUGCUGCACUUCCAGUCCAGGAAGCAGGGUGACUUCGUGACAUGCAUCCAUAUGAACCUGCACGUCUCUGUGCUGCUUCUGAAUGUCACCUUCCUGCUGAGCCCCAUGCUGGCCAUGUCCCCCGUGCCUGAGUCAGCAUGCAUGGUGCUGGCUGCCAUCCUACACUAUGCGCUGCUAUGCUCCCUCACCUGGAUGGCCAUCGAAGGCUUCAACCUCUACCUUCUCCUGGUGCGUGUCUACAACGUCUACAUCCACCGAUAUGUGCUCAAGCUCUGCGUACUGGGCUGGGGGGUCCCUGCCGUCCUGGUGCUGCUCCUCCUCGCUGUCAAAAGCUCAGUGUACGGAUCACUCUCCAUCAGUCAGGAAAAUGGCACGGCCUCCCAGAACAUAUCCAUAUGCUGGCUGCUGAAUCCCAAGGUGCACAGUGUCCUGGUCAUGGGCUAUGGUGGCCUCACAUCUCUUUUCAACCUGGUGGUGCUGGCCCGGGUGCUGCAGGCCCUACGCAAGCUGCGAGAGCGGGAGAAGGCAAUGGGUGCUCGGGCCUGCCGGGACGCCAUCACUGUGCUGGGUCUCACAGUGCUGCUGGGCACCACCUGGGCCUUGGCUUUCUUCUCCUUUGGCAUCUUCCUCCUGCCCCAGCUCUUCCUCUUCACCAUCUUUAACUCGUUCUACGGCUUCUUCCUUUUCCUGUGGUUCUGCACCCAGAGGUGCCGCACAGAGGCAGAGGCAGAGGCGGAGGCAGGGACGGAGAUGGAUGCCUUCAGUUCCUCCCAGGUGGUGCAGUAGUCUGGAUCCUUUCGGCUUCAACCCAGGCCUCUCUGACUGCCUGCAGCCCCAAGGUCCCCAGCUCCCACUGGAGAAGGUAGCCUACCUGCUGCUGGACACCUGAGACCACUGUGCCCUCCAGAGAGAUGAUCCCACCCGUGUGGCCUCCCUAGGCCCAGAGAAGGCAGGACACGGCUCUGCCUCCCCCUAAUGUUCUGUUUUGGGGCAGGUCUAGCCCCACCUGGGGGCACUGAACUUUGCCCUGGUGCCACGGGCCCAGCUGGCCUGGCUUACAGGCAGAGCACUGGCCCAGGAGUCAGGAGGCCCAGUUUCAAGGCCUGGCUCUGAGUCUCACCGAAUGAAUGACCUUGGGCCUGCUCUUCCUCACUGACCCUUGAUUUCUACAUCUGUGACAUGAGGAUGAGUGGCUCCAGUCCUGUCUACCCCAGAAACUUUGUGAAGACUGAGUAAGACCAAGGGUGGGAGAGGGUUGGGGUUGGGGUGGGGAUUCCCAUUCUGGCCUCACUCAGUGACCUCUGCCUGCCUGCAUAGGGUUGGGGUCUCAGCCAGCCUGCUCUGGAAGCACUUGCUGGUCCCUCCCACCUGCCUCCUGGGGAGAGCCAGACUGGACCCUGGCCCAGGGCCCUGGCCCAGGGCCCUAGCCCAGUGCUUGGAAAUUGUCUCAGAUUCACCAGCCUAUGUCAGGGGCCCCUUUUCCUUUAACCCCCAAAUUGCAGUGACUCCACACCUUCACAUUCCAAGGAUUGGAAUCCAGUCCUUGCCAAGGGCACUUCUCCAGUGCUCUUGAGGCCCCCGAAUGCCAUGUAGACCAGCAGCUAGGGCCAUGGAGCAUCCUCAGAGUAGGAGAGAGACGCCCCUUUCUCCUCCAGUGGGUAAGCUGGGCCCCAGUGACCCAGCUAUGUGAUGAUUGGAUGGGAUUGAAUUUCCCCUGGAGAGCAUGAGGGUAUGGGUUCUAAACCCCAGUCACAGAGAAUUAUCAUUGCCCGUGACCCUGUCUGGUCAUAUUGGAGGACAAAUACUCCUGAGACCAGCGCCUUUCCCAGGCUGCACACCAGAGGGUGAUGUCUGCCUGUGCUCAGAGGCCUUGGCACCUGAGAAUGCUGUGGUCACCUGUUUGUGGGCAAGCAGCUCAGCUUGGAGAGGCCUAUGCCUCUGGAACUCUGCUUGCAGAGUGAAUGGCAGGUGGAAAAGCCAGCACUGUUUAUACAGCUGGCUGUUUCUCUCUUGUCCUGAUGCAGCUGUCCCUUCUUGGUCUUAGGGCAAUUGUCUGAGGUGGGCUCUCGGGGCCCCACUGCAGUCCACCAGACAGGUUUUAAUGAGCUUAAAUGCCACAGAAAGGGAAAUGGAGCCCGAUCUCUUUUUUUUCCAGGGGGAUCUUCUGCCCUAUGCACAUUUCUGGAUGCAAAUAGCUUUUUAUGAGGUGUUGCAGGGCGCAGGCUCUGGAGCUAGACUGCCCGGGCUCACAUACCAGCUCUGCCACUUGUUAGCUGUGUGACCAUGGGCAAGUCAUUUAACCUCUCUGUGCCUUAGUUUCCCCAUCUGUAAAAUAAGGGCAGUAAUAGUACCUGUUUUGAGGAUUAAAUAAGAUUUGUUGCUGCUGUUGAGAACACACACAGCAAAGCAUAUACCAAUUCAAGUUUCUGAACAUACAAUUUAAUGACAUUGAUUACCUUCUUUGAGUUAUGCAACCUCUCACCCUCCUUUUCUGAGCUGUUCCUCCCUCAUUAACAUAAACUCACUGCUCCCUAAGAUUCCUAUCUGAUCUUUUGAGUUGCUGUUGUCACUUUGAUACCAUAAUGAUAGCUCUUAAAAGAGCAUAAUGCUCAUGGCAGACCUUUUUUUACUAGUUACUAAACUAUUGUUUGGGUUUUAAGAUAACAUCAGGGGAUAUUUUUGGUUUAAGGUUUAAAGAUGAUCUCAGGGCAAUAGUUUCAGGGGUUCAUCUACCAUCCGUGGCUCUGGAAAGUCUAGAGUCCAUGAGAAUGUGAAAUUCUGUUCUGUAUUUUCUCCCUUUUGAUCAGGAUUCUUCUAUGAAAUGUUUGAUCAAAAAGUUCAGUAAUGGUAGCUGGACACCUCCCAGUUCUUCUGGUCUCAUGGUAAAGGAGGCAGCUGUUCAUGGAGACAAUUAUCCACACACUCCAUAUCCUCCUCCUAUUCCUUACUCUCCUUCCUCUGUUGCUCCAGGUGAAUAGAGACCAAUUCUUGUGCCUUGGAUGGCUGCUCUCAAGCUUUUAAGACCCCAGGCACUACACAACGAACUAGGAGGUAGAACAGAAGCACUAAACACGUCAUUAGGCCAGUUAACUGGCAUGUCCCAUGAAACCAUGAUCCUAAACCUCCAAACCAGGGAGCCAAAUCCCAUGAAGUUUUUGGUUGUACAUAAGCAGCCUCAGUAGCUAUCUACUCUGUUUUUUGUUGUUGUUGUUGUAAAUGUAUCUGUCACACAACCUUUGCCAAUUCAACUUUUUAUAAGCGUACAACUUACUGGCAGAAAUUACAAUAAUUGUCUGUGCAACCCUACCCUUAAUCAAUGCAAUUUUUUCUCACUGUUAACCCCCCUUUUUCCCAUCCUUCCUGCCCCUGGUAACCACUAAUAAACUUUGUUCUCUAUACAUUUGCCUUUUCUUGUCUUUUUAUAUAAGUGAGGUCGUACAAUAUUUAUCCUUUUGUGACUGGCUUAUUUCGCGCAGCAUAAUGUCUCCAAGCUCCAACCUUACUUGAUAUAUCAAGACUUCAUUUCUCCUAUUGGCUGAGUUGUAUUCCAUUGUAGGUAUGUACUCCAUUUUGUUAAUCCAUCCAUCUGUUGAUGGGCAUUUAGGUUGUUUCCGCCUUUUGGUUACUGUGCAUAGUGCUUCAGUGAACGUUGGUGUACACAUCUCUUUUUGAGUCUUUGGUUUCAAGUCUUUGGUGUAGGUAUAUACCUAGGAGUGGAAUUGCUGGGUCAUAUGGUAGUUCUAUUUUUUAGUUUUUCGAGAAACCUUUACACUUCUUUUCAAAAUGGCUAUACCAUUUUGUAUUCCUAUCAGCAGUGGGUAAGGAUUCCAGUUUCACUACAUCCUAGCCAAUGUUUGCUAUUUUCUGCUUUUUUUUUUUUUUAAUCUUAGCCAUCCUAGCAGGAGUGAAAUAUUAUCUCAUUGUUGUGUUGAUUUGCAUUUCUCUGAUGGCUAAUAACGCUGAGCAUCUUUUCACUUGUUUGGUGGCUAUUUGAAUGUCCUUUUUGGUGAAACGUCUAUUCAAGUCCUUUGAUCAUUUUAUGAUUGGGUUAUUUGUCUUUUUAUUGCUAAGUUGUCAAAGAUAUAUAUAUAUAUAGGUUAUUAGAUUCUUGGCGGAUAUAGGGUUUCUUAUUCUCCCAGUUGGUAGCUUGUCUUGUCACUUUUUUGGUAAGUCUUUUGACGAACAAAAAAAAUGCUUUAAAUUUUUUUAUUGUUCUGUAGAUGAAGGUUUAUGGAGCAAACUAAUUUCUCAUGAUGAACAAAAUUUUUAAUUUUUAUGAGGUCUCACUUAUUUAUUUUGUCUUUUGCUGUUUGUGCUUUUGUUACUAAAACCAAAACCAUUGAGUCAAUUCUGACUCUUAGUGACCCUAUAGGACAGAGUAGAACUGCCCCAUAGGGUUUCCAAAGAGUGCCUGGUGGAUUAGAACUGUCAACCUUUUGGUUAGCAGCCGUAACUCUUAACCACUAUGUCACUGGGGUUACUGUAUUAGAUAAUCCAUUGUUGAAAGCUGGGUCUGAUAGCAUUACCCCUGCCUGUUCUUCUAAGAAUUUUAUUUUAGUUUUAGUUUGACAUUUAGCUCCUUAACCCAUUUUGAAUUUGUUUUGUGCACAGUGUGAGGCUUGGACCCUGUAUCAUUUUUCUGCAUGUGGAAAUCCAAUUUUCUCAGCACCAUUUAUUGAAGAGACUCUUCUUUCUCCAUCGAAUGGACUUAGCACCCAGGAUUAAAUAAGAUUUAAUCUAUAUAAAGAGGCUUAGCCCAGAGUAAGGCCUCAAUAAAUGAUUGUUAUUAUUGUCAUUGAAGUCCCUGGGUGAUGCAAAUGGUUAGUGAGCUCGGCCGCUAACCAAAAGCUUGGAGGUUGGAGUCCACCCAGAGGUGCCUUGGAAGAAAGGCCUGGAAGUCUUCUGAAAAAUCAGCCAUUGAAAACCCUAUGGGGUGGGUGGUGGGGAGAAAACCCUGUGGAGCACAGUUCUACUCUGACAUGCAUGGGGUCACCAUCAGCCAAUUGCAACCCUACAGUAACUGGUUUUUAAAAAUUGUUAUCUUUAGUUUUUUUGCUGUUAUUUUUAUUAACAGUAUCAAUCGUGUCUCAGAGGCCAGCCCUUCUAAGCCCCAGGUCCAGGUCUGCUCAGCAUGACAGGCCCAGCUCCUCUUGAGGCACAUCCUGCUCCCCCUCUGCUUCCUCGGUCUCUCUCUUGCCCCAUUGUGGGUUCCACUCCAGCCUCAAUGGCCUUUUGCUCUCCUGGGAAUAUUUCCCACACAGGACAGCCUCCAGACCUGUGCCAUGUGUCCCCAUAUCCUCUAUCUAUUUAAAUUCCUGGGUGCCCAUUUGUCACGGCUUCCGUGAAAUCUCGCCCAGCCCCACCACAGGGAGGGCCUCUUUCCCACUCGGACUCCAGGCAGAGCCCUCCAACCUCUCUCAGGUGAUAUGAGCCUGGGCCCCAGCUCGUCUGGGCUAGCCCAGCCCUAAGCUGUACCAGGAUCCCAGGCUUUGGGGUGGCCCCAGGCUAACGAGUAUACCCCAGGAUCAUGGGAACCUCUGGCUCCUCUCUUGGGAGCUCCAGGGAGAGGUGUCCCAGGCUCCUGCUGUGGUGGGGUCUGUAGCCCACUGAAGCAAGGCCUUCUCUAGGACUCCCAGCCCAGGGCCCGGCCUCUUAGAGCUCACCGAACCCAGGGCUUGCCGCAGGAGGAUGUGGCUAUGGCGACUUGGGAUGGAUCUGGUGGUUCCAGGAAACAACCCCAAGCUUGUGGCCCUGAGCCCCACUGGGGCUCAGGCUUUGGGCAGGGACCACUUCCCGGGAGUGUCCCAGCUGGGUAUAGGGGGGAGGACUGACGGAGAGCGUGCAGUGCCAGGCUGGGCCUACCCCAUCAUCUCCUUUCUCUAAGCAGAGUCCCGGCCUAGCUUAGAUGCAGGUGCUGGCCCAGCUCUCCAGGGCUUCCAGUCUAGAGGGAAGAUGGAGCUGGUUGGAGGUCUAGAGGCCUCAGUACAGGGCCAGGAGACACUAGGGUGACAUUUGAAGAGAUGACAAAUAGAUGCCAGAGCACUACAGGCUAAGAGGUUUCUGUGUUUUUUUGUUACUGCUAUUCAGAAAAUGCAUAAAGUGUGUGUGUGAGAGGGUGAGAGGUUGAAAGUGGGAUUGCCAGAUAAAAUACAGGACACCCAAUGUGUGGGACAUACUUAUAUUAGAAAUGAUUCCUUAUUUAUUUGGAAUUCAAAUUAAGCUGGGCAUCAUAUAUGUCCAUAUCUAUCUAUCUUUUUAUUUAUUUUUUCUCCAAAUCUGGCAACCUUAGUUGAAAGGAGCGCUGGCUGAGAAGUCCAGGGUGUGGACUCUUUUACCCUUCAGAUCAGCCCAGUCUACUGAGCGGGCAGCCUCCUGCCCACCAGAUGAGGCCUGCUGACUCAACUCAAGGGUCUUCUCCCAGUGCCACCCUUGGUGGGUCUCUCAGGGAGGCAGGGAGCCAGGUAGCUAAGAAUAGGGGGAUCCCAGACAGCCUAGGUUCAAAUCUUGGCUGAGGGGCAGACUCAUUCACCAUGGACCUUGGCAAGCCUCUUGGCCUCUCUGAGACUUAGUUUCCUUACCUGUGAAAUGGGGGUUGUCCUAGUUGUUACCUCAGGGACUGAUGUGAAGGGUCAGUAAGAGAAAGGUAUGAGUUCCCAGCAUGAUAAACAAUGCUUACACAUGGGUUGUUGUCAGUCACCUGUCCAGGAAUGUCCCCAGGGGCUCCCUCUAUGCCCUCUCUAACAGGGCUUGGCCAAGAGCAGACCCUCCAGAGUGUGAGGGAAUGCCUAGUUCGGUGCCCCACACGCCAUAAAACCAAACCAAAACCAAACCCAUUGCUGUUGAGUAAGUUCCGACUCAUAGCAAUGCUACAGGACAGAGUAGAACUGCCCUAUAGGGUUUACAAGGCUGUAAUCCUUAUGGAAACAGACUGCCACAUCUUUCUCCCGUGGAGCUGCUGGUGGGUUUGGACUGCCGACCUUUUGGUUAACAGCUUAGCACUUAGCUACUGCACCACCAGGGCUCCCUUCCACACCGUGGGUCCUGUGAACUGUGUCUAAAAACAUAUGGUGAGAGCUUCAGCCUAGGGUUCAGAAGGUUAGAGUCUGGUUGUGAGGGUGCAGGUACACUCCCCAGCUGAGUGGGCACAGGUAGGGCAGCCAAGCCAGGCUGGGGUGGGGGGUGUCAUUCCCAUAGUGGCCACCAGGGGUCAGAGUCGACCACAUCUGCCUUCCUCCCUGUUGACAACGCCUGAGGGAGGCCUGCAGAGUAGUGGGGGCACCCAAAUCCCUGCAUUCUGUGAGGUGGGACAUUUCCAGAAAGAGCAUAUGUGAGUCCUGACGACUUUCCCAGCUGUGUUAAAGAAGAAAACUGGCCAGUCUGUCCAUCUGUAGGGCUGUCUAUCAUUCUUACUUCCAUCUGUGUAUUUGCCAUCCGUUUGUCCCUUUGUCCAUUCACCUGUCAGUUCAUCCGUUCAGCCUUCUGCCUGUCCAUCCAUCCAUUGCUCCUUCGUCUUCUAUUCGUCCAUUUAGCCGUCUGAUAUCUAUCCAUCUGUCCACUAUCUUCCAUCCAUCCAUUUAUCUAUCUGUCCCUUUAUCUGCCCAUCUGUCUGUCCACCUGUCCAUCCUAAUGUCUGUCAGUCCAUCUGUCCAUAUUUCUUUAUUCAUCCAUCCACCUAUCCAUCCAAACAUCUGUCCACCUGCCAUCUCUCCAACCCAACAAUCCAUAUGCUGAGCCAGGCCUUGCUCAUCCCUGUGGUACCUCAUGAAGGGAAAAGACCCAGUUCCUGCCCCCUUCCUGAGCUCACCUGAUAGGGACUGGUGAUCUACCAAAUAGUGAUGACACAGUGUGAUGUGUAUGGACAAACUUGUUAGUUGCUGUCAAGUUGGCUCUGACUUAUGGCUACCUUAUGUAUAACAGAAUGAAACAUUGCCUAGUUCUGCUCCAUCUCCAUGAUCAUUAGUAUAUUUGAGUCCAUUGUGGCUAUUGUUUCAAUCCAUUUCAUUGAGGGUUUCCCUCAAAUUUAGGGAUACAAAAAUAACACACUUCAUUAUUUUUUUACAGCACGUUAGACUCCAAGGCCUGGAUGGGUAGGAAGCUCAGUUUGUCAUUUGUAGAGAAGGUCUUUUGAUUAAACAAAAAUCUGGGAGGUUUAUGUUGCUCCUGGAAAGAAAAUGGGGAAAGGGCCCCUGCUAAGCUUCAGCCGACCAUGGUCACUGCUGAUGUCCUCAUACUUGGCCCAUGGGGUCUCUUAUGUCAUCCCCCCCUUACCCUCCCCAGGCUUCCUGGUACAGGAAAACUUGCUGAGGCUGAAAAGCUGGUGUCCCAGAGGCACCCUAGACAUUCCUUCAGGUUAUUCCCAGCAGUGGGAGCCUCUGGUCUCGGGCAGGUCCCAGUGUUACUCCCUCACACCAGGAGCCCAGGAUGCAGGAACAUCAAUCUUCCAGGAAGCCCAGGCCCUCUGGGCUUGCUGCUUCUUUAGGUGUAGUACUACGGUGGGUGAGAAGCCUAACCUAGCCUGGGUGAGACGGUGGGGACAAGAAUGUGCCAUAUGGGAGGGGGCUUCUAAGCCAAGACCUCAAUGUUAAACAGGGUUGGGCAGGGGAAAGGGGAGGGUGAGAAUUGUUUCAAGCAAAGGUUUGGGGUUGGGAAGUGAAGGGGAGGGAGAGAGAGUGCAAUCAACAGGCUUGGUGAGCUGGGUGGCAGCAGGAGGGGCAAGAGGAGAAACCAGAGGGCUAAGCAGGAGCCAGAUCAGGGAGCUUGGGCAGUAGGGAGAUAACGAAGGUCUUUGGGCAGAGGAAUUCGUGAUCUAGUGUCCAACCUUCAUGGAAACAACUCUGGAGCUCCUCAGAGGCCUUGGAGGUCCUGAAGGAAUCCAGUCCACCGUCUACAGCAGCGACCUCGAUAACUCCCUUACGUUGGGGUUUCUACCUUCCUGCUCUCACUCUCCCCACCCUUACUCCUGCUCCUGGCUUCACCUUCCAGACACACUGCCUGCACCCACAUCCUUGUCUCAGGCUCUGCCUUUCCUCUUUUUCUAUUGACUUGUAAGAGAUACUUAAGUAUUCUGGGUACUACUCCUUUGUCAGUUAUAUUAUUGCAAAUAUAUUCUUCUACUCUGUAUGGCUUGUCUUUCCAUUUUUUUUUUCUGUUGUCUUUUGAUGAACAAAAAUUCUUCAGUUUAAUGCAGUCUAAUUGAUUCAUCUUCUGCUUUAUAGUUAGUGCUUUGUGUGUUCAUUUAAGAAAUUCUCCCCCGCUCCGAAGUCAGGAAGACAGCCUUCUAUAUUUUUGCCUAGAAGCUUUAUAGCUUUUCACAUUUAGGUCUUUAAUCCAUCUGCAAUUGAUCUUUUGUGAAUGGCAUGUGCUAGGGUCAAAUUUCACUUUUUUCCCUAUGUGUAUACCCAGGUGUCUUAGCACCAUUAAUUGAAAAGUCAACUCUUUUCCCAAUGCUCUGAAGUGCCACCUGGGUUAUAAGCCAGGGAGCCACGUGUAUGUGGGUCUGUUGGUGAAUGAGUCUGUCUCUUUUUACACCAGUCCCACACCAUCUCUCAGUUAAGUUUUGAAAUCUUAUCUGAUUAAGCUUUGCACAUUGCUGGUUAGAUUUAUCACUAGGUACUUGAUAUAGUUUGAAGUAUUGUAAAUGGUGGUUGUAUUAAUUCCCUACUGAUGUGUAAAAAAUUACCCCAAAACCUAGUUGCUAAAACAGUGGGCAUUCAUUAACUCCCAGGAAUUCAGGUGUGCCCUGGAUGGGUGCCUCUGGCUCAAGGUCUCUUAUGAGGGUGCAGUCAAGCCAGUGGCCAGGGCUGUGGUUUCAUCUGAAGGCCUGAUUUGUGGCAGGACACACGGGGCUGCCUCAUGACAUGGCAGCUAGCUUCCCCCAGAGCAAGUGGUCUGAGAGAGAGUGAGGGAGAGCACCCAAGAUGAAAGGCACAGUCUUUUUAUACCAGAAUGUAUGAAGUGACAUCUCAGGAUUUCUGCCAUAUUCAAUUCAUUAGAGGGGAGUCGCUAAAUAGAACCCACAGUCAUGGGGAGGGUAUUACACAAAGACGUGAAUAUCGGGAGGUGAGAAUCACUGGGGGUCAUCUUUGUUUUUAGGUGCCAUGGAGUUGACUCCAACUUAUAGCAACCUAUGUACAACAGAACGAAACACUGCUGGCCCCUCACCAUCCUCACAAUCGUUGUUAUAUUUGGACCCGUUGUUUUGGCCACUGUGUGAAUCGAUCUCAUUGAGGGUCUUCCUCUUUUCUGAUGACCCUGUGCUUAACCAAACAUGACACCCUUCUCCAGGGACUGGUUCCCCAGAUAACAUGCCCAAAGUACGUAAGACAAAGUUUCAUCAUCCUCGCUUCUAAGAAUUCUGGCUAUACUUCUUCCAAGACAGAUUUGUUUGUUCUUCUGGCCGUCCGUAGUGUACUCAAUAUUCUUCGCCGACACCAAUUAGGAGGCAUCAGUUCUUCUGCGGGCCAUCUUAAAGGCUGCCUAUUACAGCCAUUUUUAAGAAUUUCACUUUCUAGUUGUUUGUGGCUAUUAUAUAGCUUGCAUAAUGAUGUUUUAAUAUUGAUUUUUUUUUAAAUCCGGCAAACUUGCUAAGCUCUUGUUAUUUCUAAUAGUUUAUCUGUAGACUCUUCUGUAUUUUUUAUGUAUGCCUUAUAUCAUCUGUGAACGAAGCUUGUUUUUAUCUCUUCAAUCCUUGUGUGUUAUAUUACUUUCCCUUUCCUUACUACACUCUCUAGGCCUUACCAAACAAUAUCAAACAGCUGUGGAUUGAAUUAUGUCCCCCCAAAAUAUGUGUUGUAAAUCCUAACCCCUAUAUCUGUAGUUAUAAUUCCAUUUGGGAAUGGGUUGUGCUUGUUACAUUAGUGAGACAGGAUUAGUGUAAGGUGUAUCUUGAGCCAAUUUCUUCUGAGAUAUAAAAGAGAUUUAACUAGCAUGGCAGAAGCAGAGAUGGGGGAAGAGAGAUGCCAAGGCACACGAAGAUCGCUCAGGAGCAGAAGCUCAAAAGAGACAAGGACAUUUCUCCAGAUCCGGCAAAGAAAAAAAGCCUUCCCCUAGAGCUGGCACCCUGAAUUUGGGCUUCUAGCCUCCUAAGCUUUGUGUUUGUUAAAGCCACCCACCUGUGGUACUUCUGUUACAGUCUCACUUGAUAACUAAGGCUUCCCUAUCUUGUUACCAAUCUCAAAGGAAAAGUUUUCAACAGUUUCACCUUUAAGUCUAAUGCUGUAGUAGUUUUUUCUUUUUUUUCAUAUACAUUUGCUCUCCAACAAGGUUAUACAUAAGUUGAAACAGGUACGGUUGGUUCGUAACUAACUUUAGGUAGUCAAAUGUUUGUUCUAGUAUAUAGUAUGUAGUAUAUCUUUCAAUGCAUAAAAAAACUUUAAAGAAACACUUGCAGAUACACUAAAACAUCUUUAACGUAAUAAUACAGUAGUAAUAAUAAUGUUUUGAUGCAGGUCACAAAGUAGUGCCUGUUCAUUAUGAACCGUUGCCUGUACCUGGGUUUUUAGUAUAAUAGGCUUUAUGGGGGUUGGAUCAUAACUGCGGGUUGUACGUAAGUCGGACGUUCGUAACCUGGGUCCUGCCUGUAUAUAAUAUGUUGUCCGCACAUCACAUAACACCCUGUUUUGCAGAAUGUAUCUUGGAUGUUAAGCGACUCAUAACUGUGUUAUGUUUAUUGACAAUAUAUGUAGUUUUUUUCUUCAUAGCCUUUCACUAUGUGAUUUGUUUUCUUUUCACAUUGAUGAUGGUUGUUCUGUUAUUCAGGAAAGUUUGUAUUUUUUUUUCUAUAGUUACCAAUAUAAUAAUACCGUACACAUUUAGGCCUCCUUUUGCUACAAAUGGUGACUAUUGGUUCCCUACAGAUUACAUUCAACAGCAGGAAAACAAAAAUCCUCACAACUGACCAAUAAGCAACAUCAUGAUAAACACAGAAAAGACUGAAGUUGUCAAGGAUUUCAUUUUACUUGGAUCCACAAUCAACACCCAUGGAAGCAGUGGUCAAGAAAUCAAAUGACAUAUUGCAUUGAGUAAAUCUGCUGCAAAAAGACCUCUUUAAAGCGUUGAAAAGCAAAGAUGUCACUUUGAGGGCUAAGGUGUGCCUGACCCAAGACAUAGUCUUUUCAAUCACCUCAUAUGCGUGUGAAAGCUGAACAAUGAAUGAGGAAGACCAAAGAAGAAUUGAUGUCUUUGAGUCACAGUGUUGGUGAAGAAUACUGAAUAUACCGUGGACUGUGGCCAAAAGACUGAUCAAAUCGGUCUUGGAAGAAGUACAACUGCACUGCUCCUUGGAAGUGAGGAUGGUGAGACUUCGUCUCAUGUAGUUUGAACAUGUUAUCAGAAGGGACCAGUCCCUGGAAAAGGACACUGUGCUUGGUAAGGUAGAGGGUCGGUGAAAAAAAGGAAGACCCUCAACAAGACCGAUUGACACAGUGGCUGUAACAAUGGGUUCAAACAGCAACGAUUAUGAGGAUUGCGCAGGACUGGGCAGUAUUUCGUUUCCUUGUAUAUAGGGUCGAUAGAGUCAGAAGCAACUCGAUGACAUCUAACAACAACAACAACAUUGGUUCCCUACCAUCAACCACAAUGUAGCUUAUACAUUCUUCUCCCCCAUCAUCUAAUUUUAGUGUUUUCCUUUGGACCCUUGAAUACGCUUCCGCUUCUUCUUCAUUUCUCAGCUUUCAAAGAUAUCCUUUUUUUCUUAGCAAAUCCUAUGAAGCUGUCUGUAUACUAAUUAUGCUUUCUACUUUCUUUCCCUUUCUUCCACUUUUUAGUUAGUUCUGGUCUUUGUACAUUGUCAGAGCCUGUAAUAUUUACCUAUAUUCUGUCGCUCUUAUUCCUACCUUUUUCUAUAGGUCC